UCCCAAAUUUCCACUAAUCGAACCCCCUUUAUCUUUUCAUGUCUUUAUAUACGGGCUCGAUGUGCAAAGAUCAUACUCUCACUUUGCUAGAUUUCCAAAUUCGUCGCCUGAAUUUUCCAUUUCUUCCUUCUUUGCCUUCUCCUCCGAUCAUCUAACGCUGUAUCCGACCUGUAUUCACCAUCCUAAUUACGAUUUUUCUAAACCCUAAUUCCAUCUCAAAACCCUAGGUUUUGAAUCCGAUUCAAACUCUCUCGUCUUUCCAAUCCAUUAAAUCCUACCCCCACCCCCAAUUCGACCGAACCAUCACCUCCAAACCCCCAUACAUGGGCACUCUUCGGGUUCGUUUGGAUCCUCAACAACCGGAAGCGUCUUCGUCUGCUCAAUCCACCACCACUACAUCCACCUGCAGGACGGAGACAAUAAAUGGGUCGCACGAUUUCAAGAUUAAAGGCUAUUCGCUGUCGAAAGGCAUGGGUAUUGGGAAAUACGUCGCCUCCGAGACGUUCACCGUCGGCGUGUAUGAUUGGGCGAUUUAUUUUUACCCCGAUGGUAAGAGUGCGGAGGAUAAUGCUACUUAUGUGUCGCUUUUCAUUGCUUUGGCAAGUGAUGCGACUGAUGUCCGGGCGCUGUUUGAGUUGACUCUGUUGGAUCAGAGUGGCAACGGGAUGCAUAAGGUUCAUUCUCAUUUUAGGAGGGUCCUGGAGACUGGGCCAUAUACCCUCAAGUAUCGUGGUAGCAUGUGGGGUUAUAAGCGCUUUUACAGAAGAACACAGUUAGAAACUUCAGAAUUCCUCAAAGAUGACUGUCUCUUGAUCCAAUGUACUGUUGGUGUUGUCAGAACAUAUAUAGAAGCACCAAAGAUUUACUCCAUACCAGUGCCGGCAUCUAACAUUGGUUUGCAGUUUGGGAAGGUCUUAGAAAGUGGAGAGGGAAGUGAUAUAAAUUUUGAAGUAGAGGGUGAAGUAUUCCCUGCUCACAAGUUGGUGCUUGCUGCACGUUCCCCUGUUUUUAGGGCACAGCUUUUUGGUCCAUUGAAGGAACAGAACACUCAGUAUAUUAAAAUUGAAGAAAUGCAGGCUCCUGUUUUCAAGGCAUUGCUUCACUUCAUAUAUUGGGAUAUGCUACCUGAUUUACAAGAUCUUGUGGGUCUUGAUACAACAUGGGCAGUCACACUGAUGGCUCAACAUUUGCUUGCUGCGGCAGACAGAUAUGGACUUGAAAGGUUGAGAGUGCUGUGUGAAUCUAAACUUAUUGCGGAUGUUGCCAUCAAUACAGUAGCUACAACACUGGCUUUGGCUGAUCAGCAUCAAUGUGUCCAACUGAAAUCUGUUUGCCUGAAAUUCAUUGCUUCACCUGAAAAUUUGAAAGCUGUGAUGGAAACAGAUGGAUUUAAUCACCUAAAAGAAAGCUGUCCUUCUGUUUUAACUGAACUGCUUGAUUAUGUGGCUAAGAUGGGUUUACACCCAGCAACUUGCUAUGAUCAUGGUGGAAUUGCACUUGAUGGUAGUGAUGCAAAUGGAAGAAGAGUGAAGCAGAGGUUAUACUGAUGGGUGUAUUGGACGGAGAUAGUGUUUACUAUUCUUGUAUGCUAGUAUUUUUUGACAGUCACCGAUUGGUAUAGAAAUACAUUGUAAUAGCUCAUUUAUUUCUGAGCAGGUAUAUAUCCUGAAUGAACACUUUUUUCCAUUCAGUCUUUCUUCUUUUCCGAUCUGAGAUUUCAAUUUGUGUGCCGUGUAUUUUAUGAACUGAUUAGAAGUUUCAUGGCUGCUCAUGCAGGCUGA